GUGCCAGAGCCAGGACCACUGGGAGUCUCUGCAAGCGCAACAACCGCCGACACGCCGAGAAGAAGAACGAGUUUCUUUAUUUCUUUUCCACAGUGUGCGUGGGGGGAGCAGGGCUAUGACACGCGUAUAAAGAGCCCCAAAGUACAGUGCUAACGCAGGCGGAUCUUUGUUUUAUUCCCCCCAAAAGAUGAGUAAAGACUCAAAGUGCCUGCGACAGCUCGGUGCGACUCUGCUCUUCCUAGUCCUGUGCGCCGAGGUACAGCGAUCCGACUCUGCGGCUUGCCAUGGAUGUGCAGGAUCCAAAUGUGACUGCAGUGGAGUGAAAGGAGAAAAGGGUGAAAGGGGUUUCCCAGGUUUGACGGGACAGCCAGGCGUCCCAGGAUUCCCUGGACCAGAAGGACCAAUUGGGCCCAGAGGAGAGAAGGGAAGUGAUGGACCUCAAGGACCAGGUGGUCCAAAAGGAAUUAGAGGACCUCCAGGAACACCAGGAUUUCCAGGAACACCCGGACUUCCAGGUCUACCCGGGCAGGAUGGUCCUCCAGGUCCAAGAGGAGUGCCGGGUUGCAAUGGGACAAAGGGUGAGAGGGGUUUCCCAGGAAGUCCAGGAAUCCCUGGGCAGCCAGGACUUCAAGGUCCACCUGGUCUGCCAGGACAAAAGGGAGACCCAGGUGAUGUUAUCUCCGCCAAUCGUUUCGGAGAGACAGGAGCAGUGGGUUUACCCGGUUUGCCAGGAGGUCCUGGCCGACCUGGACCUCCAGGUAUACAAGGUCCGGUAGGUCCCCCAGGACCCAGAGGCCUUGAGGGUCGUCCAGGUGCUCCUGGUCCACCCGGGCCUAAGGGGAAUAUGGGUUUGAAUUUCCAAGGACCCAAAGGAGAAAAGGGUGCACCAGGUUUGCAAGGACCUCCUGGUCCUCCAGGACAGGUUGGGGAGCAGACAAAGCCGGCUGAGACUGAAAUUCAGAGAGGAGACAAGGGCGACCAAGGACCUCCUGGCCCUAAAGGUGAUCCGGGUUUACCGGGACCUCCUGGUCCCUAUGGUGGGCAGAAAGGAGAAAAGGGAGAACCAGGAGAGCCGGGAAAACGAGGAAAACCAGGCAAAGAUGGUGAUCCUGGUUCUCCAGGAUACCCAGGGCCCUCUGGAGAGACAGGACAGCCUGGUCUUCCAGGGAGGGAUGGUGAGACAGGACAAAAAGGUGAUCGUGGAUUCCCGGGUCCACCAGGGGAGGUGAUUGGCAGGCCAAUAGGGAAUCAGGUGGGGCCUAAAGGUGAACCUGGCUUACCUGGAACACCUGGACUCAAAGGAGACAGAGGAGUACAAGGUUUGACAGGACCUCCAGGAGAACCGGGACUCACAGGAACCGGUAGUGGGGGUUUUCCUGGACCUCAAGGUUUCCCAGGAGAGAGAGGUCAGAAGGGAGAGAUGGGCCCUCCAGGAAACUUUCUGCCAGGCCCCCCAGGUCGUGCAGGGUCUCCUGGACCCCCUGGUCCGCCAGGGCCCCGUGGACUUCCAGGCACUUCCUCAGGUCAAGACUGCAUACCAGGACUUCCUGGGGUUCCUGGUGCACAAGGAGGAAGAGGUUUCCCUGGAGAGAUAGGACAGAAAGGUGAGAAAGGUGACACCUGUGUGAACUGCAUAGGAAGUGUCAGUCCCAUCCCUGGACCUCAAGGACCUCCAGGACCUCCUGGAUUUCCUGGACCUCAAGGCGCCCAAGGUUUCAAGGGAGACAGAGGUUUUCCAGGAACACCUGGCUCUGUCGGCCCCAGCGGUCCUCCUGGUCCUCAAGGUUCUCCCGGCCUCACUGGAGAGAAGGGAGAUGCAGGUGAUCCCAUCAGAGUUAAUGGUUUGAGGGGAGAGAAGGGUGACACUGGCUUCCCUGGACCACCUGGUCUGCCCGGUCUGGACGGGGCGCCUGGUCGUGAUGGAGCCCCUGGGCCUCCUGGGCCUAAAGGAGCUCCUGGCUCAUUGUUGGUGAAAGGAGAAAGAGGCCUCCCUGGUGAUCCAGGUUUCCCUGGUAAUCCAGGAGACAGGGGUCCCCCAGGUCUUCCUGGCUUUGGAAAUCCAGGACCUCGUGGAGAGAAAGGUAUCCAGGGUGUCUCAGGAAGACCGGGACCUGUUGGUGCACCAGGAACUAAGGGUGAACCUGGUCAGACAACGACAGAGAAAGGGGCCAAAGGAGAAAGAGGUCGGGAUGGCGAGCCUGGGCAGCCUGGUUCACCAGGUGUACCAGGUCAGCCUGGACAGCCUGGUUUUCCCGGUUUACCGGGAGCAAAGGGUGAACCUGGAAUCCCAGGCAUUGGACUGCCAGGACCUCCAGGACCAAAAGGAUUCCCAGGUGUAGCCGGGCAGCCAGGAGGCCCUGGAGGACCAGGAAGACCAGGGAUAGAUGGACGUCCCGGUGAGCCGGGAUUUCCUGGACCAAAGGGUGAACCUGGUGUUGGACUUCCUGGUCCUUCUGGUUUGCCAGGAGCACCAGGACCUAAAGGUUCCACUGGACCUAAGGGAGAUCCCGGUUUCCCCGGUAACUCUGGUUUGUCAGGACGGCCUGGAGCUGAUGGAGCUCCAGGAUUCAAAGGUGAACCUGGUACACCUGGUACACCUGGACCUCGUGGCCCCCCUGGACCCCCCUCUUUUGGCGGAACGGGCCCACCGGGUCUCCCAGGACCUCCGGGGCCGAUGGGACCACCAGGGCUGCCAGGAUCAGAUGGCCCAAAAGGAGACCCUGGCCCUCCAGGUCUAGACAUCCCAGGCCCACCAGGAGACCCAGGAGCUCCAGGUUUUCAAGGUCUUCCAGGUCCUAUUGGAACACCAGGACCACCUGGAGGACCUGGUCGCGAUGGUUUGCCUGGCUUGCCAGGUCAGAAAGGAGACAUGGGUCUCAUUGGACCUCCAGGACCUUCUGGAGGACCUGGAACCCCAGGAGGAUCCGGUGCUCCUGGAUUUAAAGGUGAACCAGGAUUUCCAGGUAGAGACGGUGCACCAGGUGCUCCUGGUGCUAAAGGAGAGAGGGGAGACAUGGGCCUCCAGGGACCGCCAGGACCCAGUGUUCCAUCGCAGCUCUUAAAGGGACAAAAAGGAGAUCCUGGACCUUCAGGUGGAACAGGUUUUCCAGGUCCAAAAGGUGCUACUGGUCUCCCUGGUGACCCUGGGCUUCCAGGAACAGAUGGCAGUCCUGGCCGCCCUGGACCUCCAGGUCCUAAAGGAGAUUCUGGUCGCCCAGGAGGUCCAGGUAUUCCUGGGUCUCCAGGACCUAAAGGCCAAAUGGGAGACAUGGGAAUCCCAGGACCACCAGGGCUGAAAGGUGUACCAGGAGUGUCGGGUAUACCAGGAUCCCCAGGACAGCCAGGACCACCUGGUUACCAAGGACCCAAAGGUGAGCCAGGUUCUGCUGGCGUCGGACCACCUGGACUAACCGGACAAAAGGGUGAUCCAGGCCUGCCAGGGUACCCAGGAAAUCCAGGACUAAAAGGAAACCCAGGAUUACCAGGUCCCCAGGGUGUGACAGGAAGACCAGGCGACAAAGGUGACCCCGGACUCCCAGGAUUCCAAGGUCCUCCUGGUAUCCCCGGUCCUAAGGGUCUUGACGGUGUGCCCGGUACCCCAGGUAGCUCAGGAGCUCCAGGCAGACCAGGAGAACCUGGUCCACAAGGACCGUAUGGUCCACCAGGAGAGAAAGGUCAGGCAGGUCGCGAUGGGAUUCCAGGACCAGCUGGAGUCAAAGGAGAAGCAGGAAUUCCAGGUUACGGUGGUCCGGGUCCUGCUGGAAGUCCAGGACUGCCAGGUAUCAAGGGAGACCCAGGUCCUCCUGGUGUAACCGGCAACCCUGGUUUUCCCGGCCCUAAAGGAGAUCCAGGCUCACCUGGUGGCCCUGGUGAACAAGGUGCCCCUGGCUUUCCUGGGCCUGCUGGGCUGUCUCUGCCAGGCCCUAAAGGUGCCACAGGAUCCCCUGGAUUACCUGGAAGAGCAGGUCCACCCGGCCCACAAGGUCCUCGUGGACUCCCAGGAACUGGUGGCGUUAAGGGAGAAAAGGGUACUCUUGGCAUGCCUGGAAUUCCUGGCAUCCCCGGACAGAAGGGAGAUCCUGGUUUUCCAGGAAAUCCGGGCAUACCCGGUCCUACUGGCCCCGCUGGAAUAAAGGGAGAUUCAGGACAGCCUGGUGUUCCUGGAUUCCCUGGAUUGAAGGGUGAUAUUGGAUAUCCUGGCCCCAGUGGCACUCCUGGAGAUCGUGGAUUACCUGGAGAACGGGGCACUCCGGGUGAUCCCGGUGAAGGUUCGCCUCCCAUUGUGCUAAAGGGAGAUCGGGGACCCCCAGGUCUUCAGGGCCUACGUGGUUCUCCAGGACCACCUGGUUUGCCUGGCCAACCUGGAGGCCCAGGUAUCAAAGGUGACCCUGGUGGUCCUGGGAGCGAUGGUCCUCCUGGCUUCAACGGACCUCCCGGCAGGAAGGGAGACAUUGGUCCGGCAGGUCAACCUGGUCAGUCUGGCAACCCUGGUCCCCGUGGUUCAGAUGGCCCACAAGGUCCUCCCGGUGUCCCAGGAUCAGUUUCUGCUGCUCACGGUUUCCUCAUCACCCGGCACAGCCAGACCACCGAUGAGCCAGAGUGCCCCACUGGAACUAAGUUUAUCUAUAAUGGAUACUCUCUGUUGUACGUGCAGGGCAACGAGCGGGCACACGGACAGGACCUUGGCACAGCCGGUAGCUGCCUGCGCAGAUUUAGCACCAUGCCCUUCAUGUUCUGCAAUAUCAACAACGUCUGCAACUUCGCAUCCCGUAACGACUACUCCUACUGGCUGUCCACGGACAGACCCAUGCCCGAAAACAUGGCCCCCUUCGUGGGAGAGAGUAUCAGGCCUUAUGUCAGCAGAUGUAGAGUCUGUGAAGCUCCCGCCAUGGUGAUUGCAAUUCACAGUCAGACUAUCCAGAUUCCUUCUUGCCCUGAAAACUGGGAAGUACUGUGGAUUGGAUACUCCUUUAUGAUGCACACCAGUGCAGGUGCAGAGGGCUCCGGUCAAGCUCUCGCUUCCCCCGGCUCCUGCCUGGAGGAGUUCCGCAGCUCCCCUUUCAUCGAAUGCCACGGCAGAGGGACAUGUAACUUCUAUGCCAACUCCUACAGCUUCUGGCUGGCCACCGUGGAACCUUCUGAGAUGUUCAGAAAGCCCCAGUCUGAGACCUACAAGGCAGGUAGCCUACGGACACGUGUGAGCCGCUGUGCAGUCUGCAUGAAGCGCACGUAACGGCAUGCAUGCCACCAAGCAAACACACCACUGCCAGGAGGUAGAGAGACGCCCAUCGAUGACAAGAGACGAUUGGACGAACAGUAGACGAGUGUGGCAGCGGGUGGGGGCAGUCACGAUGAGUUGGAAUUCCAAUGGUGCAUUGUCUUCCGGAAAAACAAACUACAACUAAAACAAUGGUGCUACUGUGCAACACAGCUUAAAAAAAAAAGAAAAAGACAAAAAAAAAAAGAAAAAAAACUGACGUAAACAAAUCUUACAUUUAGUCUUUGUUUGUCUUAAGAAGUACCUCAAAAUGAAAGCAGAAUAUAUUCAAUUCAUGGUGCCACGAUGGAUGUGUGACAACAAAACUGCAUUUUUCUUUCUUUUCCCUUCUUUCCCAAAAGGAUCUUUGUUCCCUUUCCCCUUUCCCCCCCAAAAAAUUACGUUUGACACGUUGGUGCAGCAAAAAUGUGACAGAAUAACUUUUUAUUUUAUUUUAUUUUUGAUAAGGAGUGGAUGGUUUUCACAGUUACCAAAUCGGCACUUUGACUUCGGAACAUCCAUGAUGACAGAUGCACUGACGAUGAGCGUUCUGUAGUGAGAAUGACUGCUUUUCUUUUUUCUUUUUUUAAUUUACCAACCUUUCAUUCGCACACCCUUUCUUUCUCGCUCUUAUUUUUUCUGUUUUACGUUACAUUUCGUAGUAAUAACCCUACUGUCUCCCACUCUUUGCUAACCAUAUCGCCUUCUUUUGCUUAUUUUUUUGUUUUUGUAAGUAAUGCAAUGUGUAUAUUGUGUAAAACACUUUUGUUUUUAGUGUAUUAGCUUGAAUCACUACCAGCUGUUUGUUAUGCACGGCGAUUUUCCAGGUUCUUCUUAGCUCACACAUUCACUUAACGCACGUUGACUCAGAUAUUGUACAAAGUAAGGCUUUUAUGAAUGAAACAGUAUUUUAUAUAUAAUAAAUAUAUAUUUGAAAAAAGAGGAUUAAAAAGUAUAUAAACUUUAUUCGGCUGUGGAGAGAUUGUUUGUUGUUUUUAAGCACGAAACGGUCAUACAUUGCAUUUCAUGAAAAAAUAAAGCUUACUACUGAACGCAAACAGCCAUUUUCAUGAAACUAUAACAGUCUUAUGUGAUAUUAACAAUGCCAAUGCUUCAACCUUUUGUAUUGUUCCACUGAAAUAAAGGGGAUUUGCUUUUAGCUAGUUGAAUGAUUGGAAAUUGUUACAAAUAUCAACGCAGGAAACAGAGAAAAUAAAGUUCAGAUAAAUUCUUCAUUAUUUGAUUAGAAAACAGGGACAUUUUUUUGUGUUUCUUAACAUUUCCAGGUGCUGGGAAUUUUCUAUAAAAAGAUCCUGAUGUAGUUUGAAGGGGCUGCCUUUGUUCCCAACACUUUCAAAUCCACUUUUACUGGCUUGAAUUUCUAUCCCAAAUUGGAUAAAGUGUUCAGGCUUCACGGUGUGGUAACACAGGUCUGAGCGUACAGAUUCCUGAUGUACUGUAAAUCUAUGCGAGCUGUUUGGGGGAGGGUGAAAUAUUUCCCUGUGAUUUUUAUUGUUUGUUUGUUUUGUGUUGUUUUUUUUGUUUUUUUUUUCAAAUCUGCUUUUAUGAAUUCUAAUUGUGUCAGCCUGGGGUGCGAUUAAAAAAAAGUGCAUUUUUUUUUCUUUUUGUUGUUUUGUUUCCAUUUUAUGUUAUC